AUGAUGGCUGCUGCAGCUAGUGUAGCCUAUGAUGAUAAGGUCUAUGAGAGCCCUCCAAAUGUGGCGGAAGCCCCGGCUAGCGAGGGCCAUACUCUUUCGACAGAGGAAUUCGAUGAAACACCAUCUGCUCCUACAACGAAUUCAUUUAUGCCGAUCAAAGAUGCUAUAAUUGAAGCAUCAAAAUACAGGACUGGUGAUGAAACAAAAAAGAUGACAGCCAGAUCGAUCUUCAGACUGGCCAACUAUGGCUGUUUCCUUGUACUAGUCACUUACGGUACGCGUAUUCAGUUUUCCAAACAGGACCUUCCUGAUCUUACUGCAUAUCGCUUUAGUGGCAUUGAUCCAGAGUUCUGUGCAGACGUAUUAUUUCACCAAUAUACUCAGUAA